AUGGACUCUUUCAAUCUGUUCUACUCUCCUACCGCCGCCCUCCAACACAAAUCCUCCCCUUCCAUCACCAAUGGCUUUGCACUGGUCAGCGGACUUCGCGUUCCAGAGCGUCUCAGCAACCGCCAAGUGAAGCAGCAGACUGUUGAGCAGCCUGUCAAGCAGUCUGCCUUCUUGGCCAAGAAUUCGGAGCUGUAUCACUCUCCCACUGCCGAACUUCAGCGAGGCACCACCACCAAUGGCCACCGCCUUGUGAAUGGCUAUCGCGUCCCUGAGCGGAUCAGCCGCCGCAUCACAUUGCCUCUUCCUUUUGCAGAUGAGCCGGCUGAGAUUCACUCGCCCACUGCCGCUCUGCUUACCAACAGCAGAGCCAUAGGAGCUGAGGGCAGACGCAUCAAUGAUCUGCGUAUCCCUCCUCGCUUCAGCAGCAUCCGACAGUUGCUUGACGUCCGUCGCCGCGAAACUUCUAGCCUGGCUGUCUCCAAGCCUGAGCCACAGCCUCAAAGCUGGCUUUGUACCAACGAGCCCGUCAUUAGCUCUCCUACUGCUGCUCUCUUUCAAGCUCCUCAGUUCAGCUCCCCCCAAAUCACUCUCAACGGCCUCCGUAUUCCUCGUCGCAUCAGCCGCCGCCAACAGACCACUGGCACUGUCACCACCCACAACAGUGCUGAGAACAUGGUUUUGGAUGUUGAGGCGCCUAGCGUCCUCCAGGAGCGCUCCCUCAACACCGUAGGCAGAGCUAUUCAUAUCUUUCACUCCGGUCCCAGCAAUACGCAAGAAGAUGGGACUGUUGCUGACUUCGGACACGCCCAGCUUUGCCACUUGGUCGGCCUUGCAAUCAACCGACUUCACGAGCCCCUCAGCAACGAAGACAGACAGGUUCUUCGACAGAUCCUUGGCUACCUGGACCAUCACCGACAUGACCUUGUGGCGCUCCGCAUUAGUGUUGAGUCGAAUGCGCCUGAGGUCACUGUCCCAGAAACCUCCAUGGAGGUGGCCUACAUUGCCCAUGAGGCGAUCCGAACGUUGGACUACCCUUACCUCCUGCGUGUCAUCCAGGCUCUCGACAUCCUUUCAAGCGGCAUCUGGUAUACCAAUUUGGAUGAGGAAGAGAUCAACAAGGAGAAAAUUCCUCUGGAGUUCAUCUAA